ACAACUAACAAAACCCUCAUCUUCUUCUUCUUCCUCGAAAAUCAAAACCCAAAAUCUCUCUUCGAUCAGUCUCCAUGGCCAAGAUCAAGAUCGGAAUCAACGGAUUCGGAAGAAUCGGACGUCUGGUUGCUAGGGUCGCCCUACAGAGGGACGAUGUUGAGCUCGUCGCUGUUAACGAUCCAUUCAUCACCACCGACUACAUGACCUACAUGUUUAAGUAUGACACCGUUCACGGACCAUGGAAGCACCAUGAGCUCAAGGUCAAGGAUGAGAAGACCCUUCUCUUCGGUGCGAAGCCAGUUGCCGUCUUUGGGCUCAGAAACCCAGAGGAAAUCCCAUGGGGUUCAGUUGGUGCCGAUAUUGUUGUCGAGUCUACUGGAGUGUUCACUGACAAGGACAAAGCUGCUGCUCACUUGAAGGGAGGUGCCAAGAAGGUUGUCAUCUCUGCCCCAAGUAAGGAUGCCCCCAUGUUCGUUGUUGGUGUGAAUGAGCACGAAUACAAGUCCGACCUUUGCAUUGUUUCCAAUGCUAGUUGCACUACCAACUGUCUUGCUCCCCUUGCCAAGGUUAUCAACGACAGGUUUGGAAUUGUUGAGGGUCUUAUGACCACCGUGCACUCCAUCACUGCCACCCAGAAGACUGUUGAUGGACCAUCAGCCAAGGACUGGAGAGGCGGACGUGCUGCCUCAUUCAACAUCAUUCCUAGCAGCACUGGAGCUGCCAAGGCUGUCGGAAAGGUUCUGCCUGCUCUCAAUGGCAAAUUGACCGGAAUGGCCUUCCGUGUACCCACUGUUGAUGUUUCAGUUGUCGACCUUACUGUCAGACUUGAGAAGAAGGCCACCUAUGACCAGAUUAAGGCUGCUAUCAAGGAGGAGUCUGAGGGAAAGAUGAAGGGUAUCUUGGGUUACACCGAAGAUGAUGUUGUGUCAACCGACUUCAUUGGUGACAACAGGUCAAGCAUCUUUGAUGCCAAGGCUGGAAUUGCAUUGAACGAGAACUUUGUCAAGCUUGUGUCAUGGUAUGACAACGAGUGGGGUUACAGUUCCCGUGUGAUUGACUUGAUCGUGCACAUUGCCAAGGCUUAAGCUUGGAUCGAGGCUUUGCUUUUAUAUGUUUUGGUUGAGUCUAGCAUUUUAGGUCUCUGGGUUUUGAAUAAGAGCGUCUUUGUGUCCUCUGUGUGCAUCCCUCGGGGUUGUCCCCUUUUUGUUUUGGUGUUGAACUUUUAGUUGCGGAUUUCUCCCCUUUUUGCUGUUCUGAAACAGAAGAAACUUUAUAUGUACUUUAGCUUUGCUAGUUUUUAAUAUAAAGCAAAACUUGAAAGGGGUUGUUAUAUUUCUGAGUUCUUCCCAUUUGCAUCCUUAUUCUUCAUAGUAAGCAAAAGUCCUGACCAAAUCCAUAGGCUUGCUAUUGCCAUGUUCCCUAUUGAAAAACCAUGAACUGUGAAGAAAUGCUCUAGUUUCUCGGUCAGUCUGGAGUUUGGACUCUUUUUGCAAGUAAAUUCUGCAUUGUAAUUCUCCGGAAUGCCAUAGCAUCCUGGUCUGUUCAUUCUGCCAAGCCGACUAUCAGGGGGCUUGGCCUGCCGUGUGUGAUGCGGCGGGUGUACAAGCCACUAACACUGUGUCACACAUGGGGCAGCGUACAAGCCCUGAACACCACAACUGUUAUGGUGGCUGUACCAAAGAACUGCUCCUGAAUGGAAGCUGGUGUUUGUCACUAUUCAAUCGACACACUUCCCUUAAAACAAAGAAGGAAAGGGAGUUAUCGAUGCGUGCCGUGAUCCAAGGAGACGAUGAAACCAAGAAACGGCGAUAAGCUUUGGAAGCAAGUCGUCUUACCAUAGUGACGAGGCUCCACAACAGUCCUCGCUAAGCAACGACUAACAAAUUAGGCCAGCCAUGUGAGACAUGACAUGACAUGGCCACCUACCCUUGCAAGCUUUUCUUUUAUUGUCUAUUUGUGAGUGACUCAUGGAUUAGCUCAUCCAUCCCUUGACUACUGUUUGUCACCUAUUUCCACCAGGUAUGGACUUCAUGCAUGCCAAGCUUAUCCAUUCCUCUUUGCUCCUUUUAAGAAGAAUCCUUGGGAAUAUGCAUUCAUCUUCAAUUUUUUCUUGAUAGAGAUUUGAUUCAUUCUUGUAGUUAAAAGGGUUGCAAGGUGAGAAAAGAGGUAAUAAAAUUUGAUAUAAAUUGUAGAGUAGUUUAGUUUACCAACAAUAAUGUUUAUUCGGUCAUUAACAUCGUUUGUUUCGUGGAAAGUAAGCAGUAUGAUAAGAAAGUUGUUCAUUUCCUGCAUUUGGGAAAACCAAAGGAAAGGAAAGAUUUUUCUGAUUGAAGGGAAAAUAUGGGGUAAGGCUCCUUCCAAAAUCUAAUGGAACCACUUUCCUUCCUUCUUUCCCUUUAUUUAUUACUCAGAUCAUAAUAUUUUAUUAUAUUUUUAAAUACUUUCCCAAUUACUUUCCUUACGUUACCAAACAUUGGAAUAAAAAUUCUCUUAAAAUUUUAUUCCCGUUCACUUUCUCUUCUCAUAGGAGAGAUGAAAUAAGUACUUUUUUUUCCGCAAACCAAACCAAGGGUUG